GAACGUCGGUCGGUGAUCGUCGACAAUAUGUCGACUGCGCGAUUACGGGGGUAACUGUUUGAUAUGACGUCACAAACAGCUGGGAUACAGCUGUAAAAACCGUAAACACAGGGUGCCCCACCACAGAACGUGUUGUUGUUAUUGUUAUGUUUAUUUUUGUUCGCGUUCUGUUGUUUACACCGAUUUUCACCGUGACUGCCGGUUCCAACACCGCCAACACGUUCGACACCGACUGUCUACAAGUCGUUCCGCCAUUUUCUGUCGCAGUACUGCAGUACACUCACGUCCUCUGCAACCUUCGGUCUAGUUGCCUAUCAUUCUUUAUUUUAUUUCUUUUGCAUUUAUUAAGUAAACGCAUAUUAUUCGAGACGCAAUGGCCGCCAUUGAAGAGGAAAGCAAAUUGAAGGGAGGACAUGCGCAAGCAGGUGAGAAAAUUGUUGCAAUUAACUUUUCGAGCUGUUACCACAACAGACGAGUUUUGAUACUCGAUAAAAAAAAUAAUAUCUCGUUUUGACGAUACUUUCAAAUUUUGUUGUUUCAGUUAAAGCCGGUGGAAUGCGCAUCGUGCAACACAAGAGCACCGGAGUAUCGUCCGGUGCGGCUGCCGCGACUACAGACAAGUGCUCGGCCGCCGUCGACGUGGCCAACGCCGCACUGAAAGUUUCGACGAGGUACGAAAAAAUCACGUAACAGUAACAAGGUGUAAAUGGGUGUUUAUAGUUUUAAACUCCGGAAGUAGUUAAAAUCUAACGUAGUCGGCCUUCGUUUCAAAAAACUUGAUUCGUAUAAACAAACGCGUAUUACGCGAACACGUGUGUGUAGACUUAGAUAGUUGCCAUAUGGCGCGCGCUGCGCAAUACGGAUAUCGUCUUCAGAUCUCCGAAUAUCUUUGGAACUUUUCGGUUUAUGGAUAGAUUAACUUAAUAGUUGAUAGGCUAACUUAAGAUUUGCCUCGUUUUGCCCAACGUGGUCCGAGUGAUUCUUUAAAUAAGACACCGCGUCACACCAAGCGAGGAUUAUUUAAUUAACAUAUCCACGUGGUGGUACAUAAUAUAUGUUUAUGGUCAUUUCCGAAUAUGUAUACAAAACUGGAAAAGAGCCCCCCCAUAGGAUGUCUGGGAACAAUUCUUUAGACGGGCUAUUCAUAGGACUGAACAAAAUUGUCAUUUUUACAAAUUAUGGGUUAUUAUUGUAAAGUAAAGUUUAUAAAAAAAUACUGUGAUUUACUACAUUUUUGUAACCAUUUUUUUUUAUGGGUAUAAAAAUAUUAAUUUCUAAGUAAAUAUUUAGAUUUUCAUAAAAAUUAUUUCAAGAGUAUUUCGUUUUAAUUAUUCUUGUAUACAAUUUUCAGUUCAGGAACUUUUGAUAAUUUUUUUUAUCUAUUUUAAAUAUUUUUAAUUUCUUUGUUUAUUCAUAGCCCGCCGAAACAACCUGUUGUACCAGUACACGCUCACAAUGACUAUCCCACAGAGGCUGUCCAGAAGACUCAUGACAAACCAAUGCCGAGCCAUGACAUUAGACAACAUCAUUGCCCAAAGCCGGUUAUCCAUCAGCCACGGAAAUGAACAUUAUCAUUACUUCAAGAUUGCCAUUGUGAUGCCUAUUGCAAAAGACUGGACCUUCAAUUACCCGCCAUCUAUAGGAAAUGAUUUAAUGCACACCUACAUUAUUAUGAUAAUAAUAUAAUAUUUAAUAUUACUGAUGUUAUAUUUAUAUUCAAUAAUAUGUACGUUAAUGUUAUAAUUUAUUAAUUUUAAUUACAUUAUUUUCAAGUUUUCUUGACAACACUACAUGCGUUAUCAUUAUUAUGUAAUUGUUGUUUAUUGCAUUAGUGUUGUACACCCAGUUAAUAUUAUUUUAUAAUUUAUUAUUUAUCACCUAGUUAUAUGUUUAAAAUGGAAUAUUUACUAAUAAUAUGCAUUAUAAUAUUAAAUUACAUGCAUUUUGGGUUUUGGAUGUAAAUAAUAAUACAUUUAUUUAUUAAGUUUUUGCUUUUAUUUUUAUAUAAUGAAAUAAAGUAAUUAUUUCUAAAACAUAA